CCGGCAGCAACACACGCCUUGGGCCUCUCUCCUCUCGAGCCCUCUCUCCGUGUCUGUCUGCCACCCGCUGCCGCCACCAUGACCACCAGCAACCGCCAGUUCUCCUCCUCCAACUCCAUCAGGGGCUCCUCUGGCCUGGGGGGCAGCUCGUCCCUCACCUCCCGCCAGCUGUCUGGCAGCCUGGGCAAUGCCCUUGGGGGUGGCAGCUACUCUGGCUGCUACAGCUUCGGCUCUGGAGGCGGCUACGGCAGCGGCGACUACGGCAGCGGCGGCUACGGCAGCGGCGGCUACGGCAGCGGCGGCUACGGCAUCGGCAGCGUUGGCACUGGUGGCAGUGGCUUUGGAGGUGGUGAUGCGCUGCUGGGGGCCAGCGAGAAGGCCACCAUGCAGAACCUCAACGACCGCCUGGCCUCCUACCUGGAGAAGGUGCGUGCCCUGGAGGAGGCCAACACUGACCUGGAGGUGAAGAUCCGUGACUGGUACCAGAAGCAGACCCCAGGGCCGACUUCCGACUACAGCGCCUACUUCAAGACCAUCGAGGACCUGAGGAACAAGAUCCUCAUGGCCACCACAGACAAUGCCAACGUCCUGCUGCAGAUCGACAACACCCGUCUGGCUGCUGAUGACUUCCGUACCAAGUUCGAGACGGAGCAGGCCCUGCGCAUGAGCGUGGAGUCCGACAUCAAUGGCUUGCGCAGGGUGCUGGACGAGCUGACCCUGGCCAGAGCUGACCUGGAGAUGCAGAUUGAGAACCUCAAGGAGGAGCUGGUCUACCUCCGGAAGAACCACGAGGAGGAGAUGAAAGUCCUGCGAGGCCAGGUGGGUGGCGAGAUCAACGUGGAGAUGGAUGCUGCCCCCGGCGUGGACCUGAGCCGCAUCCUGAAUGAGAUGCGCGAACAGUACGAGAAGAUGGCGGAGAAGAACCGCAAGGACGCCGAGGACUGGUUCUUCACCAAGACAGAGGAACUGAACCGCGAGGUGGCCAGCAACAGCGAGAUGGUGCAGAGCAGCAAGAGCGAGAUCUCAGAGCUCCGGCGCACCAUGCAGAACCUGGAGAUCGAGCUGCAGUCCCAUCUCAGCAUGAAAGCAUCUCUGGAGAACAGCCUGGCGGAGACAGAGAACCGCUACUGCCUCCAGCUGUCCCAGAUCCAGGGACUGGUCGGCAGCGUGGAGGAGCAACUGGCCCAGCUGCGCUGCGAGAUGGGACAGCAGAGCCAGGAGUACCAGAUCCUUCUGGACGUGAAGACGCGGCUGGAGCAGGAGAUCGCCACCUACCGCCGCCUGCUGGAGGGCGAGGAUGCCCAGCUGACUCUGCAGUACUCCCACUUUACAGAUGAGCAAACUGAGACUCCAAGGAGGGUCAGGGCCUGGGUCACACAGGAGUAAAUAGCAGAGUCAGGACUCAGUCUGACUCCAUGCACUUUCCCAGUGUCUCCUGUGACACCACCUGCCUUUGGCCAGACUGAGCAGCCAAUGCCAUGGGCCCAACCACAGAUGUGUGGAGGAUCUUAGGGUCUGUGCCUAGGGCUGGGGAGAGCCGCCUGGAUUUCCCUUUACUGGGGGUAUCGGGAGAGAAGCCUGAGCCACCUGACUACUGGCUGGGCAUGUUUCGGGGAUGUGACAGGCCCCGUGGCACAGUCCAGCAGGUCAGAGUUGGGAGGGCCCCCAAACCUUGUUUCUUUUUAUGGGUGGUAACGCUGAGGGGGUGUCUCUGUGCCCCGUGUGACCUUGCCAUGCUGGUGUUCCUCCUGGAACAUGGAGUGCUGGGCUUCCUCUAGGUGGAUGUCAGAGACCCACCUAGUUAACGGGGACUAACAAGUCACUAGGUUUACGGUGCAGAGACCCUCUCCCACCACCUGGCUGAGCCCGGCAUGCAGAGGGCUGUGCUCCCAGGGCCCAAAGGGAAAGUGUAGCCUGUAGGCCCAUACCUCCUCCUGUGACUCACACCUGGUGGGACAAGAAACCCGAAACACCCCGAACAAUGAGUUUCCAGUAAAAUAUGACAGACAUGAUGGGGCGGAGGAGAGGAGGGAUCUGACUGGGAGUUGGCACUGUCCCCUGGGUGAUGAAAGCCAAGGGGAAUGGAAAAUGCCAGGCCCGCCCUCACCCAGGAGUAUAAAGCCUUGCAUCCCUUCCUAACUCACCCAAGCACCUUUCUCUUCUCUCUGCCGACUCACUCGCUCGCUCACUUCCCUCCUUGACACCAUGACCA